AUGUCCUCCCUCACCUCCAACCCCAGGGUGCAACUGGCAGCCACCGCCGUCGUCUCGGCCGCCGUCGCCGCCGGCGCCAUCCUCACCUACCAGCGCCUCCAAGAAGGCGACCCGCGUCUCCCGCCUGAAGCAAUCCAUCCCCCAGCCCGGCGACGCCGACCCAGCCCUCCAAUCAACCUCCACAACCAAGCGCUCGCGCACCGCGCCCAAAACGGCGACUUCGACGACGAACUCAUCCUCGAGCAGCUCGCGCGCAACCGGGUCUUCCUCAGCGACGCCGGCCUCCAGAAACUGCGCGGCGCCUUCGUGGUGGUGGUCGGGUGCGGCGGGGUGGGCUCGCACGCGUGCGCGGCGCUGGCGCGCUCGGGCGUGCAGCGGAUCAGGCUGGUGGAUUUUGAUCAGGUGACGUUGAGUAGUCUGAACAGGCAUGCGGUGGCCACGCUGGCGGAUGUCGGGCUGCCGAAGGUGCAGUGCUUGCAGAGGAGGCUGGUGGCGGUGGCGCCGUGGGUGAGGUUUGAUUUGAGGUUGCAGAAGUUUGAGAGGGGGGUGGCGGCGGGGGUGUUGGAGGGGUGGGAGGGGGAGGAGGGGGUGGGGAAGAGGCCGGAUUUUGUGAUCGAUGCGAUUGAUAAUAUUGAGAGUAAGGUGGAGUUGCUGAAGUAUUGUUAUGAUGAGGGGUUGCCGGUGAUUUCGGCGAUGGGAGCGGGGACGAAGAGCGAUCCGACGAGGGUGAUGGUGGGGGAUAUUGGGUCGAGCUUUGAGGACGGGCUGUCGAGGGCGACGAGGAGGCGGCUGAAGCUGCAGGGAGUUACGAGUGGGAUUCCGGUCGUGUACUCGACGGAGAAGAUGGGCGAGGGCAAGGCGGCGCUGCUGCCGCUUGCUGAGGAGGAGUUCCAGAAGGGGUCGGUGGGCGACCUGGGUGUGCUCGCCGACUUCCGGGUGCGGAUCUUGCCGGUCCUGGGCACCAUGCCGGCUGUCUUUGGAUAUGUCGCGGCCAACCACGUUAUUCUCAAGAUCACAGGUUACCCGAUGGACUACCAACCGGCCAAGGCUCGCGACAAGAUGUACGAGGCCAUCCUGGCGUACGUUCAGGCUAGUGAGGAGAAGGUGGUGCGCAUGUUUGAAGGCGGCCGGGUCGACGUCUGCAUCGGGCUCAAGGUGCCCAUUACGCCGGGCGACGUUGCCUUCCUCGUCGAAGAGGCCUUCCGAGGCAGGAGUGCCGUCACUGGCAUCCCGACCAAGCUCAUGCUGAUACGGUGGAAGAAGCCUCAGAAGACUACCCUGGUCCAGAUCGGAGAAGGGAAAGAUGAGCAAAAGUCUGCCGACCUGAAGCUUCGCGACCUAGUUUGCUUGACCAAGGAGGAAGCCGUCAGACACCAAAAGGAGGUGCUCCUCGGAGACAAGAGCCUUGAGGACCUCUACAGCCAAGAGGUCAUUGAGCUGGUCGAAGCGCGCCAGAAGGAAGCCGAGGCGUACGAGCGUCAUAGAUGA